UUUGCCAUUCGCGACUCGGUGGAGACUUUUGUAUCUGAAAGGUCGACGGUGACACGGUGGAGAGACGAGGCCCGAGACGAGGCCCGAUCAACGAUCUCGUCUUCUCCCUUUGCUUUGCUCGUCUUCACGCGCUUCUUCUGAUCGAGAUCGAGUAUAAGUUCGGUGGCUCUUCUUCUCUUUAUACUCCGCCAUUUGGUUCCACUUCGAUCUCUCGGCGAGCGACGAGAGAGAGUGGAUUGGCGUCGAUUGAUGUAUAUAUUGCGUGUUUGUGUUGAGUAAAAAAGGCAGGAAAUAGUUAUACAACUUCAUUCCAACUGAGAUCAUUGCUCCUCGAUUACGAUACCCUUCGCCGGUGAACCAACUCAAAGAAUAAGAGAUGUGGAACGAGAUGAAACUGAGAUCAAAGCCAGAUCAAGCAGACGUGGAUUUCUUUCAAUCUUCACCAAAGAAGGACUGGUCGUUCGGCCGACUGGUUAGUCUCGUCUCAUUCCUCCUCGUCUUCAUGUCCGGCAUCGUCUUGGGCUUAUCUGGGAGCGCACACUACACUCGGUACUUCGCCUCGCGGACCGAGCUAUUCUUCCCGACCACCAUCUAUUCGACGGAAUGCUACAAAGAUUCCACAGAUUUCAAGACCUUCGCCCAGCCGACCAACUUGGCACAUACCAUGUCCGACGACGAGCUCUUUUGGAGGGCGUCGUUGGUGCCAAAGAUGGAGGAAUAUCCUUUCCAAAGAGUGCCCAAGGUAGCAUUCAUGUUCUUGACAAGGGGGCCUCUGCCUUUUGCCCCUCUCUGGGAAAGGUUCUUCAAAGACCACAAGGGCUUGUUCUCAAUCUACGUGCACACCCUUCCAGAUUACAGGCUCAAUGUACCAGAGACCUCCGUUUUCUUCGGCAGACAAAUUCCCAGCGAGGAGGCAUCAUGGGGAUCCAUCACAUUAAUAGAUGGCGAGAAGCGCCUCUUGGCCAAUGCUUUAUUGGACUUCUCCAACGAGCGCUUUGUGCUGCUCUCCGAGAGUUGCAUUCCAGUGCACAACUUCCCUACUGUAUAUGAAUACCUCAUCAAUUCAGCCCACAGCUUCGUCGAGUCCUACGACGAGAACACCCGGCAGGGCCGCGGGCGAUACAGCCGGCACAUGGCACCCAAGAUCAUGCUGUAUCAGUGGCGGAAAGGCUCUCAGUGGUUCGAGCUCAACCGCGAGCUAGCGGUGAGCAUAGUCGCGGACUACAAGUACUACUCCCUCUUCAGAAGGCACUGCAAGCCUUCCUGCUACCCAGAUGAGCACUACAUUCCGACUUACAUGAACAUGUUCCAUGGAUCAUUGACAGCGAACCGGAGCGUGACAUGGGUCGACUGGUCCAGGGGCGGCCCUCAUCCGGCACGAUAUGGCGCACCGAAUAUCACAGUGGAGUUUAUUCAGGCCAUAAGAAACAAUGGGAGCUUCUGCAUGCACAACUCAGUGCCAACCAACAUUUGCUUUCUCUUUGCAAGGAAGUUUGCUCCUAGUGCAUUGCCUCCUUUGCUCAACCUUACUCAAGCAGUAAUGGGAUUUUGAUUCAUUCACAUCAUUGCUUCACAAAGUCGUCUAUGAUCUAUCCAUAUAUUCAUUGAUUUGUUUAGAUAUAAAUUAUGUGAAUAACAACAAUCAUUCACUUCAUAGUUUAUAUUCUAGUUGUUAGAUUAGACUGUAGCAGUGGUUGAUGCUGGAGUUGGAAUAUGAACUCAUCUAAUCAUACAAUUGAUUUUUUUUCUUCUUCCUAUCAAA